CAUGAUGACUUCUUCACGACAAAAUCCCACCUCUCGCGAAACCUUGCAAUUUUACAAAUAUUUCUGAUGGGCGCGCAAACUUUCCGCUGAGAUCAGUCGGUCCAGACGCCGCUUUCAGUUACAGAAAAACCAAAAUCCACAUUUCUCUCAGCCACUGACGAGAUCUACAUUUUUUCUGCGGAUUUAUUCAACUAAUAUCAAAUGUCGGUCCCAGUGGAUCAAAGUGAUCCAAGCAAAAGCUCGGAUUCCCCAGUAACUGCUACAUCAAAUUGGACGAUUAAUGUUUCAGAUAUACGGACAGUGAAAGUCAGCAAUAUCUCAUUAGCUGCAUCAGAGCAGGACAUCAAGGAAUUCUUCUCUUUCUCUGGUGAUAUUCAAUAUGUUGAAAUGCAAAGGGAAUCUGAAAAGUCUCAGCUUGCAUAUGUUACAUUCAAGGAUUCAAAAGGAACAGAUACAGCAGUUCUUUUAUCGGGAUCCACCAUCGUUGAUCUUUCUGUCUGUAUAACACCAGUUGCGAAUUACCAGUUGCCUCCUGAAGCCAUUCCAGCAAACCCGAAGCCCUCUACUGCCAAUUCAGCUGUCAAGAAGGCUGAGGAUGUGGUAAGCAGCAUGCUUGCUAAGGGGUUUGUACUGGGGAAGGAUGCCCUUAACAAAGCCAGGGACUUUGAUGAACGACAUCAUUUGACGUCGAAUGCCUCUGCCACUGUUUUUUCCCUUGACAGAAGGAUUGGCCUGAGUGAAAAGAUAAGCAUUGGGACUGCUUUGGUCAAUGAAAAGAUGAGAGUGGUGGAUGAGCGGUUCCAGGUGUCUGAGAAGACAAGAUCAGCCAUUACAUUGGCUGAGCAGAAGGCAAGCUUUACAGGGUCAGCCCUGAUGAAGUACCACUACAUCUCAGCUGGUGCAUCAUUGUUAUCAAGUGCCCUGAGCAUGGUUGCCAAGGCAGCCGAGGACCUGAGCCAGAUGACCAGGGUGAAGGUUGAAAAGGCUGAGGAAGAGAAGAAGGAGAUUAUUUCUAGGCAGAGAACAGGGAUCAUUAAUGAAUUUGCUCACGUCCAUCUCGACCAGCUCUCAACAAGGGAGCCGCCAAUGGUGCCAAAUGAUGCAGCUGAGGAAGGUAAGCUUGGCAUCAUAUGAUUGCUGAGCUUUGCUCUCUUUCCUCAUUCUGAUCUCAUUUUUUUUACCACUUGUUGUAUAGUCUUCUUUUGGGAAGUUCCAUCCUUAGCAUAGUUUGUUUCUGUUGGAUUGAAUUUGAUGUCGAGAUUGCUCAACUGUUUUAGAAUGUACACGCCAGGUGGAUUCUUGUGAUAAUGAAUGCCCAUUUCACCAUAUUUUAAUGAAAGCCCCAGGAAAUUAAGUGACA